GCCAAUGUCAGAACGGAGGAACUUGCAAUCCUUCUCCGGGACCCAGUCUACACUACACAUGUAACUGUCUAUCUGGGUAUACCGGCAUUCUCUGCCAAACAGCUUCGGAUCUCUGUGCUAACAACCAGUGUCAGAACGUAGAAUCUUGCAGUCCUAUGCCGGGUUUCAACCCUCCAUACUUUUGUAAUUGUCAACCUGGGUAUCAAGGACAGUUCUGCCAAAUAGCUUUAGAUUCAUGUGCAAGUAGCCAAUGUCAGAACGGAGGAACUUGUAAUUCUACUCCGGGACCCAGUCUUCCGUACACGUGUAACUGUCUAGCUGGGUACACAGGCCAGCUCUGUCAAACAGCUUCGGAUCUCUGUGCUAACAACCAGUGUCAGAACGUAGAAUCUUGCAGUCCUAUGCCGGGUUUCAACCCUCCAUACUUCUGUAAUUGUCAACCUGGAUAUCAAGGACAGUUCUGUCAAAUAGUGUUGGAUAAAAAGAAAAUACCCAACUUUUAA